CUGUACAAAGCUGAGAUCCUUUAUCUCAAACAAGCCUGAGUUUGAAAACAGUAAAGCUUUUGAAAACACUUAAUAAAAUAGAACAUAAUAUCAUUAUGCCAUUUCUUCAGUUCAGGAGUUUGCAUUUGGGAGUCUACACCAUUGUGUUGCUUCUAACUUGUGGAGUUUUCACCACUUCUUUACAGCAGAUUAACAAAACUGCUUCGCCUGGUGAAACUGUUAUUUUACACUGCAAUCAAAAUCUGACUGGUGGAUUUAAAGAUGUUGGUUGGCGUAAAGAUGGGAAUCUUCUUUUUAACUACAGCCCAGUACUAAACCAAACUGUAAUCAACUACACAUCAAACAGGAUGCAGGUUGACCCUCAAAAUCCAAGAAAACUACAGAUAUCUGAUGUACACAUUUCAGAUGCAGGAUUAUACAAGUGUUUUCCAUUAAACCUGCAGUGGAGAUUGAACAUUAACGUUUUCACCACUUCUUUACAGCAGAUUAACAAAACUGCUUCGCCUGGUGAAACUGUUAUUUUACACUGCAAUCAAAAUCUGACUGGUGGAUUUAAAGAUGUUGGUUGGCGUAAAGAUGGGAAUCUUCUUUUUAACUACAGCCCAGUACUAAACCAAACUGUAAUCAACUACACAUCAAACAGGAUGCAGGUUGACCCUCAAAAUCCAAGAAAACUACAGAUAUCUGAUGUACACAUUUCAGAUGCAGGAUUAUACAAGUGUUUUCCAUUAAACCUGCAGUGGAGAUUGAACAUUAACGAGACUCAACUAGGCAGAAAACGUCUAUUCAUCCUAGUUUUCUCAGUAACAACAGCAUGUGUUGCAGUGUGUCUCUUUUUAUUCUGUGCUGUGUGUCUUCACAGGAAAUGUAAAAAAACUGAGACAUUUGAUAACAGAGACACAAUGGAUGAACCUCAAUCACAUCGAGGAAGAGUUAACCGCAAUCAGGCCAGCCAGUAUUUUGAGAGAUUUAACUCAGUCUAUGGACAAAUUCAGAUCUGAAGAUUUCUCAGGAACAUCACAGGUCUUUGCCUUCUGUGGGAACAUAGCAAGUGGAGGCUCAUCUGGGAUCUUACUAGAUAGAUUAGAAUAAAAUUAUAUUGGAUUAUUGCUGUAAAAUGCAGUGUGUUCUACCUGACUGUGCAUCAGAUUGAUAAUGAAUCCAAAAAUGCAUCCCAUAUUACAACAAAACUGCACAGUCCUGAAGACUUUCUGCCAAAGAAAAACACAGAUCUACCUCUGACUGGAUGGACAGUAUUUUCAUUCAUAAAUAAUCUGUUUACAUUCUUAAAUUAGUCAUUCCAAAGUAUGAAUAUUCUUUCAAUCCAUUUUGUUGUUUAAUGUAUGUUGUUUUUUUUAUCAUUGUCUUGUUGGUUUCUGGUGAUAUAUUGUAGCAUUGUCAGUUCUAAGAAAUUGUUAAAUUGCAAAUUGCUCAACUGGGUAUUUUUUGUCAUUAUACUCAUCAUACCCAAGUAUAUAUUCCCUGUUCAAAAUCAUAUAAAUACAGUAUUAUUAAUGUGAUCAGAAACCAUUGAGGGUGCAUUUCAAUAGUGGAUUUCAACACUAGAAAUUGUAUAUGUGCGCUCAAGUAAACAAGUCAAGUCAAGUCAAGUUUAUUUGUAUAGCGCU